AUGAAUGCCUCAGUGCCCAGCUUAGAAGAGCUGAACCAGUUCAGGCAACAUGUGGCAACUUUGAGGGAAACAAAGGCUUCUAGGCGUGCGGAGUUUGUCAGUAUAAAGAGACAGAUCAUACUGUGUAUGGAGGAAUUAGACCACACCCCAGACACAAGCUUUGAAAGAGAUGUGGUGUGUGAAGACGAAGAUGCCUUUUGCUUGUCUUUGGAGAAUAUUGCAACACUACAGAAGUUGCUACGGCAGCUAGAAAUGCAGAAAUUACAAAAUGAAGCAGUGUGUGAGGCUCUGCGCACUCAAAUCCGAGAGCUCUGGGACAGGCUGCAAAUACCUGAAGAAGAGAGAGAAGCUGUGGCCACCAUUAUGUCUGGGUCAAAAGCCAAGGUUCGGAAAGCGCUGCAAUUAGAAGUGGAUCGGUUGGAAGAACGAAAAAUGCAAAACCUGAAGAAACUGAUUGAGGCAACUCGAGUGGAGCUGGCUCAGCACUGGGACCAGUGCUUUUACAGCCAGGAGCAGAGACAAGCCUUUGCCCCUUUCCAUGCUGAGGAAUACACAGAAAAUCUGCUCCAACUCCAUGAUGCUGAGAUUGUGCGGUUAAGAAACUAUUAUGAAGCUCACAGGGAACUCUUUGAAGAUGUCCGGAAGUGGGAAGAAAGCUGGAGGCUUUUCUUAGAGUUUGAGAGAAAAGCUUCAGAUCCGAAUCGAUUUACCAAUCGGGGAGGAAACCUUCUAAAAGAAGAAAAACAACGAGCCAAGCUCCAGAAAACGCUGCCUAAGCUGGAAGAGGAGUUGAAGGCACAGAUUGAACUGUGGGAACAGGAACAUUCAAAGACAUUUCUGGUAAAUGGGCAGAAAUUUAUGGAGUAUGUGGCAGAGCAAUGGGAGAUGCGUCGACUGGAGAGAGAGAGAGACAGACAGGAAAGACAACUCAAGUACAAAAAGCAGACAGAGACAGAGAUGCUGUGUGGCAGUGCUCAGACACCUAGGAAGCGGCGGGGAAUGGCACCGAAAACACAAAGCAAAGCGCACAAGGUAAACACAAGGCCUAGGGAAGUGCUGAUUUCAAGGGAGUGGUGA